AUGCUACAUGGUUUAUUCCCUGCUGUCCUGAAUCUUGCUUCCAAUGCUCUCAUCACCACAAAUGCAACAUGUGGAGAAAAAGGACCUGAAAUGUAUUGCAAAUUGGUAGAGCAUGUCCCUGGACAGCCUGUGAGGAACCCCCAAUGUCGAAUCUGCAAUCAAAACAGCAGCAAUCCAAAUCAGAGACACCCGAUUACAAAUGCUAUUGAUGGAAAGAACACUUGGUGGCAGAGUCCCAGUAUUAAGAAUGGAAUUGAAUACCAUUAUGUGACGAUUACACUGGAUUUACAGCAGGUGUUCCAGAUUGCUUAUGUGAUUGUGAAAGCAGCUAAUUCCCCGCGGCCUGGAAACUGGAUUUUGGAACGCUCACUUGAUGAUGUCGAAUACAAGCCUUGGCAGUAUCAUGCUGUGACAGACACGGAGUGUCUAACACUUUACAAUAUUUAUCCCCGCACUGGACCACCAUCAUAUGCCAAAGACGAUGAGGUCAUCUGCACUUCAUUUUAUUCCAAGAUACACCCCUUAGAAAAUGGAGAGAUACACAUCUCUUUGAUCAAUGGGAGACCAAGUGCCGAUGACCCUUCUCCUGAACUGCUGGAAUUCACCUCCGCUCGCUAUAUUCGCCUGAGAUUUCAGAGAAUCCGCACCCUGAAUGCCGACUUGAUGAUGUUUGCUCACAAAGACCCAAGAGAAAUUGACCCGAUUGUCACACGAAGAUAUUACUACUCGGUCAAGGAUAUUUCGGUCGGAGGGAUGUGCAUCUGCUACGGUCAUGCCAGGGCUUGUCCACUUGAUCCAGUGACAAAUAAAUCCCGCUGUGAAUGUGAGCAUAAUACAUGUGGGGAUAGCUGUGAUCAGUGCUGUCCAGGAUUCCAUCAGAAACCUUGGAGAGCUGGCACUUUUCUGACUAAAACUGAAUGCGAAGCAUGCAAUUGUCAUGGGAAAGCUGAAGAAUGCUAUUAUGAUGAAAAUGUUGCCAGAAGAAAUCUGAGUUUAAAUAUACAUGGAAAGUACAUUGGAGGGGGUGUGUGCGUGAAUUGUACCCAAAAUACUGCUGGUAUAAACUGUGAGACAUGCAUUGAUGGCUUCUUCAGACCCAAAGGGGUGUCUCCUAAUUAUCCACGACCAUGCCAGCCAUGCCAUUGUGAUCCAAUUGGUUCCUUAAAUGAAGUCUGUGUGAAGGAUGAAAAACAUGCUCGGCGAGGUCUGGCACCUGGGUCUUGUCCUUGCAAACCUGGCUUCAGAGGCGUGAGUUGUGAUCGAUGUGCCAGGGGCUACACUGGCUACCCAGACUGCAAACCCUGUAACUGCAGUGGCGCAGGGAGCGCAAAUGAGGACCCUUGUUUUGGACCCUGUAACUGCAAGGAGAAUGUUGAAGGUGGGGACUGCAGUCGCUGUAAAUCCGGCUUCUUCAACUUGCAAGAGGAUAAUCAUAAAGGUUGUGACGAGUGUUUCUGUUCAGGGGUUUCAAACAGAUGUCAGAGCUCCUACUGGACCUAUGGCCAUAUACAAGACAUGAGCGGCUGGUACCUAACUGACCUCUCUGGCCACAUUCGAGUGGCUCCCCGGCAGGAUGACUCAGAGCCAGCUCAGCAGAUCAGCAUCAGCAGUGUGGAAGCCCAGCGUUCCCUGCCACAGAGGUACUACUGGAGUGCACCAGCUCUGUAUCUGGGAAACAAACUUACAGCAGCUGGAGGACAGUUGACAUUUGCCAUCUCAUAUGACUUUGAAGAAGGGGAAGAAGAUACAGAACACGUUCUCCAGAUUAUGGUUAUCUUAGAGGGAAGUGACUUGAGGAUCAGCACAGUCCAAGACGAGGUGUAUCUGCAACCAUAUGAAGAACAUAUCCAUUCAUUGUCACUUAAAGAAGAAUUGUUUACCAUACAUGGCACAAAUUUCCCUGUCAGUAGAAGAGAGUUUAUGACAGUGCUCGCGAAUGUAAAGAGAGUCCUCAUACAAAUCACCUACAGCCUUGGGAUGGAUGCCACCUUCAGGCUGGGCUCUGUCAGCCUUGAAUCCGCAGUCCCCUAUCCUACUGAUGGAACCAUUGCAACCGCCGUGGAGAUUUGCCAGUGUCCACCUGGGUAUUCUGGCUCCUCUUGUGAGUCUUGUUGGCCUCGGCACAGACGAGUCAAUGGCACUAUUUUGGGUGGCAUCUGUGAACCAUGUCAAUGCUUUGGCCAUGCAGAAUCUUGUGAUGACAUCACUGGAGAAUGUCUGAACUGUAAGGAUCACACAGGUGGCCCAUACUGCAAUAAAUGUCUUCCUGGUUUCUAUGGUGAUCCUACUAAAGGAACCUCUGAAGACUGUCAGCCCUGCGCCUGUCCACUCAAUAUCCCAUCCAAUAACUUUAGCCCGACGUGCCAUUUAGACCGAAGUCUCGGAUUGAUCUGUGACGCAUGCCCUGUCGGGUACACAGGACCACGCUGUGAGAGGUGUGCAGAAGGCUAUUUUGGACAACCUUCUGUACCUGGAGGAUCAUGUCAGCCAUGCCAAUGCAAUGACAACCUUGACUUCUCCAUCCCUGGCAGCUGUGACAGCUUGUCUGGCUCCUGUCUGAUAUGUAAGCCAGGUACAACAGGCCGGUACUGUGAGCUCUGUGCUGAUGGAUAUUUUGGAGACGCAGUUGAUGCAAAGAACUGUCAGCCUUGUCGCUGUAAUGUCAACAGCUCCUUGUCUGAGAGUUGCCAUGCUAGGACAGGACAGUGUGAAUGCAAACCUAAUGUGCAAGGACUGCGGUGUGAUGAGUGUAAGCCUGAAACCUUCGGCCUACAAUCCGGAAGGGGGUGUGUUCCCUGCAAUUGCAAUUCCUUUGGGUCUAAGUCAUUUGACUGUGAAGAGAGUGGUCAAUGUUGGUGCCAACCUGGAGUAGCAGGAAAGAAAUGUGACCGCUGUGCUCACGGCUAUUUCAACUUCCAAGAAGGAGGCUGCACAGCUUGUGAUUGUUCCCAUCUGGGUAAUAAUUGUGACCCAAAGACUGGUCAGUGCAUUUGCCCUCCCAAUACCAUUGGAGAAAAAUGUUCUAAAUGUGCACCUAACACCUGGGGCCACAGCAUCACCACUGGUUGUAAGGCUUGUAACUGCAGCACAGUAGGAUCCUUGGAUUUCCAAUGCAAUACAAACACAGGCCAAUGCAACUGUCAUCCCAAAUUCUCUGGUGCAAAAUGUACAGAGUGCAAUCGAGGUCACUGGAACUACCCUCACUGCAGCCCCUGCGAGUGCUUCCUGCCGGGUACUGAUGAAAGGACCUGCGAUUCAGAGACUAAAAAGUGCUCCUGUAUGGAUCAGACAGGGCAAUGCACCUGUAAGGUGCACGUAGAAGGUGUGCGCUGCGACAGGUGCCGGCCAGGCAAGUUUGGACUAGAUGCCAAGAACCCACUUGGCUGCAGCAGCUGCUAUUGCUUCGGCGCCACUACCCAGUGCUCUGAAGCCAAAGGACUGAUCCGUACGCAGGUGACUCUGAAGCCUGAGCAGACCAUCCUGCCCCUGGUGGACGAGGCUCUGCAGCAUACUACCACCAAAGGCAUCGUUUUUCAACAUCCGGAGACUGUUGCACAUAUGGAUCUGGUGAGACAGGAGCUCCACCUGGAACCCUUUUACUGGAAACUUCCAGAACAAUUUGAAGGCAAGAAGUUGACGGCCUAUGGAGGCAAACUCAAGUACGCGAUCUAUUUUGAGGCUCGGGAAGAGACAGGUUUCUCCACCUAUAAUCCUCAAGUUAUAAUUCGAGGUGGGACUCCUACUCAUGCUAGAAUUAUCAUCAGGCAUAUGGCUGCUCCUCUAAUUGGCCAAUUGACAAGGCACGAGAUUGAAAUGACAGAGAAAGAAUGGAAAUAUUAUGGUGAUGACCCUCGAAUCAGUAGAACCGUGACCCGUGAAGACUUCUUGGAUAUUCUAUAUGAUAUUCAUUAUAUUCUUAUCAAAGCAACUUAUGGAAAUAUCAUGAGACAAAGCAGGAUUUCUGAAAUCUCGAUGGAGGUAGCUGAACAAGGACGCAUAACAGCGGUGACUCCUCCAGCUCGUUUGAUAGAAAGAUGUGAUUGUCCCCCAGGCUAUUCCGGUUUGUCCUGUGAGACAUGCAUGCCAGGAUUUUAUCGACUACGGUCUGAGCCAGGCAGCCACACUCCUAGACCAACCCUGGGUACCUGCGUUCCAUGUCAGUGUAAUGGACACAGCAGCCUAUGUGACCCUGAAACUUCUAUAUGCCAGAAUUGUCAACAUCACACUGCUGGUGACUUCUGUGAACGAUGUACUCUUGGAUAUUAUGGAAUUGUCAGGGGAUUGCCAAAUGACUGUCAGCAAUGUGCUUGCCCUCUGAUUUCUUCCAGCAACAAUUUCAGUCCUUCUUGUGUCUUGGAAGGCCUCGAUGAUUACCGCUGCACAGCUUGUCCACGAGGAUACGAAGGCCAGUACUGUGAACGGUGUGCCCCUGGCUAUACUGGCAGCCCCAGCAGCCCUGGAGGUUCCUGCCAAGAAUGUGAGUGUGACCCCUAUGGCUCGCUGCCUGUCCCCUGUGACCCUAUCACGGGGCUCUGCACGUGCCGACCUGGAGCCACAGGGCGGAAGUGUGAUGGCUGCAAGCACUGGCAUGCGCGCGAGAGCACGGAGUGCGUGUUUUGUGGAGAUGAAUGCACGGGCCUUCUUCUCGGUGACUUGGCUCGCCUGGAGCAGAUGGCCAUGAGCGUCAACCUCACUGGCCCGCUGCCUGCCCCAUAUACGAUGCUGUAUGGCCUUGAAAAUAGGACUCAAGAACUAAAGCAUUUGCUCUCACCUCAGCGAGCCCCCGAGAGGCUCAUUCAAUUGGCAGAGGGCAAUCUGAACACACUUGUAAUGGAAAUGAAUGAGCUUCUGACCAGGGCGACCAAAGUGACAGCAGAUGGCGAGCAAACUGGACAGGAUGCUGAGAGGACCAACAGGAGAGCAGACUCCUUAGGAGAAUUCAUUAAGGAGCUUGCCCAGGAUGCAGAAGCUGUAAAUGAAAAAGCUGUGAGACUAAAUGAAACUCUAGGAAUUCAAGACCAGGACUUUGAGAGAAAUUUGCAAGGGCUUCAGAAAGAGAUUGAUCAGAUGAUGACUGAACUGAGGAGGAAAAAUCUUGAUAAACAAAAGGAAGUUGCCGAAGAUGAGUUAGUGGCUGCAGAAGGCCUUCUGAAGAAGGUGAAGAAGUUCUUUGGAGAGUCCCGAGAGAAGAAUGAAAAAGCAGAGAAGGAUAUCCGGGCGAUACUGGCAGACAACAAAGAUAAAGUGGAUGCUGCUUGGGACCUGUUGAGAGAAGCCACCGAUAAAAUCAGAGAGGCUAAUCGCUUAUCUGCAGCAAAUCAGAAAAACAUGACUGCUUUGGAGAAAAAGAAGGAAGCUAUCGAAAAUGGCAAACAACAAACUGAGAACACUUUAAAAGAAGGCAAUGACAUACUCAGUGAAGCCAACCGUCUUGCAGAUGAAAUCAACUCGGUCAUAGAUUACGUUGAAGAUAUUCAAACUAAGUUGCCACCCAUGUCUGAGGAGCUGAAAGAUAAAAUAGAUGACCUCUCCCAGGAAAUACAGGACAGAAACCUUGCUGAGAAGGUGUCCCAGGCUGAGAGCCAUGCAGCUCAGUUGAAUGACUCAUCUGCUGUCCUUGAUGGAAUCCUUGACGAAGCUAAAAACAUCUCCUUCAAUGCUACUGCAGCCUUCAAUGCUUACAGCAAUAUUAAGGACUCUAUUGAUGAAGCUGAGAAAAUUGCCCAAGAAGCCAAAGAUCUUGCACAUGAAGCUACAAAACUGGCAACAGGUCCUCAGGGUUCAUUAAAGGAAGGUGCCAAAGGUUCUCUUCAGAAAAGCUUUGGGGUUCUUAAUGAAGCCAAGAAGUUAGCAAACGAUGUCAAAGAAAAUGAUGAUUAUCUGAAUGGCUUAAUAACCCGAUUAGAAAAUGCAGAUGUUAAAAAUGGAGAUCUCCUGAGAGCUUUGAAUGACACUUUGGCAAAGUCGUCAGCCAUUCCCGAUGACACAGCCGCUAAACUGCAAGGUGUUAAGGACAAAGCGAGACAAGCCAACGACACAGCAAAACAUGUGCUGGCACGGAUUAAAGAUCUCCACCAGGACCUUGACGGCCUGAAGAAAAAUUACAAUCAACUGGCAGACAGCAUAGCCAAAACAAAUGCUGUGGUAAAAGAUCCUUCGAAGAACAAAAUCAUUGCAGAUGCAGACGCCACUGUGAAAAAUCUAGAACAAGAAGCUGAUCGUCUAAUAGAUAAACUCAAACCCAUCAAGGAACUUGAGGAUAACCUAAAGAAAAACAUCUCUGAGAUAAAGGAACUGAUAAACCAAGCCCGGAAACAAGCCAAUUCUAUCAAAGUAUCUGUGUCUUCCGGGGGUGACUGCAUUCGAACAUACAAGCCUGAAAUCAAGAAGGGAAGCUACAACAAUAUCGUUGUCAACGUAAAGACAGCUGUGGCCGACAACCUCCUUUUUUAUCUUGGAAGUGCCAAAUUUAUUGACUUUCUGGCUAUAGAAAUGCGUAAAGGCAAAGUCAGCUUUCUCUGGGAUGUUGGAUCCGGAGUUGGACGCGUAGAGUAUCCAGAUUUGACCAUUGAUGACUCAUACUGGUACCGUAUUGAGGCAUCAAGAACUGGGAGGAACGGGACCAUUUCUGUGAGAGCCCUGGAUGGACCCAAAGCCAGCAUUGUGCCCAGUACAUACCACGCGGUGUCUCCUCCAGGGUAUACUAUUCUUGAUGUGGAUGCAAACGCGAUGCUGUUCGUUGGUGGCUUGACUGGGAAACUGAAGAAGGCCGAUGCUGUACGCGUGGUUACAUUCACUGGCUGUAUGGGAGAAACAUACUUUGACAGCAAACCUAUAGGGUUAUGGAAUUUCCGAGAAAAAGAAGGUGACUGCAAAGGAUGUACUGUCAGUCCUCAGGUAGAAGAUAGUGAAGGGACUAUUCAGUUUGAUGGAGAAGGGUACGCAUUGGUCAGCCGCCCCAUUCGUUGGUACCCCAACAUCUCAACUGUCAUGUUCAAGUUCAGGACAUUUUCUUCAAGUGCUCUCCUGAUGUACCUUGCCACACGAGACCUGAAAGAUUUCAUGAGUGUAGAACUCACCGAUGGGCAUGUAAAAGUCAGCUAUGAUCUGGGUUCAGGAAUGGCUUCCGUUGUCAGCAAUCAAAACCAUAAUGAUGGGAAAUGGAAAUCCUUCACCCUGUCAAGAAUUCAGAAACAAGCCAACAUAUCAAUUGUAGAUAUAGAUACUAACCAGGAGGAGAACCUAGCAACUUUAUCUUCUGGAAACAACUUUGGUCUUGACUUGAAAGCAGAUGACAAAAUAUAUUUUGGUGGUCUGCCAACACUGAGAAACUUGAGUAUGAAAGCAAGACCAGAAGUAAAUUUGAAGAAAUAUUCGGGCUGCCUCAAAGAUAUUGAAAUUUCAAGAACUCCAUAUAAUAUACUCAGUAGCCCUGACUACGUUGGCGUUACCAAAGGAUGUUCACUGGAGAACGUUUACACAGUCAGCUUCCCAAAGCCUGGUUUCGUAGAGCUGUCCCCUGUACCGAUUGAUGUAGGCACAGAAAUCAACCUGUCCUUCAGCACCAAGAAUGAGUCUGGGAUCAUUCUCUUGGGAAGUGGAGGGACGCCAGUACAACCUCGUAGGAAACGAAGGCAAACUGGACAGGCCUAUUAUGCGAUAUUCCUGAACAAGGGCCGUCUGGAAGUGCAUCUCUCCAUGGGGACAAGAACAAUGAGGAAAAUUGUCGUCAAACCAGAGCCGAGUCUGUUUCACGACGGGAGAGAACAUUCCGUUCAUGUCGAGAGGACUAAAGGCAUGUUUACUGUUCAAGUCGAUGAAGACAGAAGGCAUAUGCAAAAUCUGACAGUAGAACAGGCAAUUGAAGUUAAGAAGCUUUUCGUUGGGGGUGCUCCACCUGAAUUUCAACCUCCCCCGCUCAGAAAUAUUCCUCCUUUUGAAGGCUGUGUAUGGAACCUUGUUAUAAACUCUGUCCCCAUGGACUUUGCACAGCCUGUCUCCUUCAAAAAUGCAGACAUUGGUCGUUGUGCCCAUCAGAAACCCCGUGAGGAUGAAGGUAGAGAAAUUCCAGCUGAAAUAGUUACCCAGCCAGAGCCAGUGCCCACCCCAGCCUUCCCUACACCCACCCCAGUUGUGGCACAGGGUCCUUGUGCUGCGGAAGCAGAACCAGCUCUUUUGAUAGGGAGCAAGCAGUUUGGGCUUUCGAAAAACAGUCACAUUGCGAUUGCCUUCGAUGACACCAAAGUUAAAAACCGCCUCACAAUCGAGUUUGAAGUGCGAACGGAAGCUGAAUCAGGCCUGCUUUUUUACAUGGCUCGGAUCAAUCAUGCUGAUUUUGCUACCGUUCAGUUGAGAAAUGGAUUGCCCUACUUCAGUUAUGACUUGGGAAGUGGUGACACCAACACCAUGAUCCCCACCAAGAUCAACGAUGGUCAGUGGCACAAGAUUAGGAUUAUGCGAAUUAAGCAAGAAGGAAUUAUUUAUGUAGAUGAUGCUUCCAACAGAACCAUCAGUCCCAAGAAAGCUGAUAUCCUAGAUGUUGUGGGGAUGCUGUAUGUUGGCGGACUGCCCAUCAACUAUACCACCCGAAGAAUUGGUCCAGUGACCUACAGCAUUGAUGGCUGCAUCAGGAAUUUUCAGAUGGCGGAGGCCCCUGUAGAUCUUGAACAACCAACCUCCAGUUUCCACGUUGGAACGUGUUUUGCUAAUGCUCAGAAAGGAACAUAUUUUGAUGGAACAGGUUUUGCCAAAGCAGUUGAUGGGUUCAAAGUGGGAUUGGACCUUCUUGUAGAAUUUGAGUUCCGCACAACUAGAACCACUGGAGUUCUUCUAGGAAUCAGCAGCCAGAAAAUGGAUGGAAUGGGUGUCGAAAUGAUUGAUGAAAAGCUUAUGUUUCAUGUGGACAAUGGUGCCGGCCGAUUCACUGCUGUCUAUGAUGCUGGGAUCCCUGGGCAUUUGUGUGAUGGACAAUGGCAUAAAGUCACAGCCAACAAGAUCAAACACCGCAUUGAGCUGACGGUAGAUGGGAACCAGGUGUUAGCCCAGAGCCCCAACCAGGCAUCCACAUCAGCUGAUACAAAUGACCCCGUGUUUGUUGGAGGAUUCCCAGAUGGCCUCAAUCAGUUUGGCCUGACAACCAACAUUAGGUUCCGAGGUUGCAUCCGAUCUCUGAGGCUCACGAAAGGCACAGGCAAGCCGCUGGAGGUCAAUUUUGCCAAGGCCCUGGAACUAUGGGGCGUUCAACCUGUAUCAUGCCCAGCCAACUAA